AUGGGGAUGAGGGCUAGUUCAGAGGCUGUGACGGUGACCCCGACCACAGAUGGUGGUGACUUGAAUCAGGCCCGGCGCUCGCCAGCUCGGUCUGGAGGAGGACGGGAAGGAGGUGCAAAGAGUGAUUUCGAAACUAAAGAAGCCAUGACCCUCGACAGCUUAGCUAAUAAAUUAGCCACCACUGAUACCUCGGAGCUCAACUCUCCAGUGCGGGAGCCGAAGAAGGAUGGGGCGCACACCAGCAAAAUCUUCCUGGACAAACAAGAGAAACAGUGGCAGUUCGAAAUGAAAAGGAAGCUUCACUGCAACCAAGGACUGAACAUCAAACUGGCCAGACAGCUGAUUUCCAAAGAUCUACAACGUUAGGAGGUUGAGGACGAAAACAAAGAAAGUUGGCGUGCCACCAGCCAAGACAAGACUACCACCAUGAAAGAAUCAGAGGACGGCCCCACCAGCGACGAGGAACUGCAGACCCAGUCAUUCAACGACGAGAAGACAACGUUUGAUCAACGCUGCAAUCGUUUGUCAGAUCCAAACCCUGUUCCUAUAACCUGCUGCUUCUUGUUCUGUAGAGCUCAUGCUUCAAGUACUGAAAUACUCAUCAGUUAA